GGCCUCACCCGCGUCAUGGGCUGGCAGGUGGGGCCCACCUGCGGCUCGGGCCACGCCCCCUACGCCGCACCUGAGCUGUGCCACCUGCGCGAGGCGGAGACGCUGCGCCUGGAGCCCAGCCUGGACGCCUGGGCCUUCGGCGUCCUCCUCUUCGCCCUCCUCACGGGCACCUUCCCCUGGGGGGUGGCUGCGCCCCCGGAUCCCCAGUUCGGGGAGUUCCAGGUGUGGCAGGGCCGCACCUGGCAGCCAGGUGGGCUCACCGGCAGGGGGGAGGUGCCGCGCACCUGGCAGGGGUUGGGGGAGGCGGCGCUGGAGAUGCUCCCGAGGCUCCUCCGGCUGGAGCCCGACAGGCGGAGCCACGCCGGGGAGGUGAACAGGUACCUGGACAGGUGCUGGGGAGGGCAGGCAGGGAGGCCUGAGGGGGGUGGGAGCGGGGCAGGCACAUCUGGGGAUGGGUCAGACACACCUGAGGAUGGAUUCAACUCACCUGGGGAUGGGUCGGACACACCUGCAUGUGGGAGAGAAACACCUGGAGAUGGGUUGGACACACCUGGGGAUGAGUUAGAAGUACCUGGGAGUGGGUCAGAGACAGCUGGGGAUGGGAUAGACACACCUGGAUAUGGGUCAGACACACCUGGAUAUGGGUCAGACACACCUGGAAAUGGGAUAGACACAGCUGAGGAUGGGACUGAAACACCUGAGAAUGAGUUGGACGUACCUGGAUAUGGGUCUGGAACAUCUGGAGAUGGGUCUGACUCACCUGGGAAUGAACUGGAAGCACCUGGGGAUGGGAUAGAAACACCUGGAGGUGGGUCAGACACACCUGGAUAUGGGUCAGAAACAUCUGGAAAUGGGUCUGGAACACCUGGAAGUGGGUUGGAAGAACCUGGGAGUGAAUUGGACACACCUGGGAAUGGUACAGAAAUACCCGAACAUGGGCUGGAAAGACCUGGAAUGGGCUGGAAACACCUGGAAAUGGGAUAAAAGCAUCUGGAAGUGGGAAUGAAACACUUGGGAAUGGGUUGGAAAUACCUGGGAAUGGGAUGGAACUCCUGGAAGUGGGAUAGAAAUGCCUGGAAAUGGGAUGGGAACACUUGGGAAUGGGAUGGAAGCACCUGGAAAUGAGCUGGGAAUACCUGGGGACCCCCCAAAAAGGGGAGUUGAAUAAAACUCCCUGUUUUUUGCCUUUUUUUAA